AUGGCAGUUUGCUCUUGUCGCUAUGGCCCGAAAUUCUUAUAUCGAAAACAGCUGAUAGAUUAGUUGUCACUUUGUCAAUUUAUUUUUAUUUUGCAAUUUUUUUGUUAGCAGAAUUUCAAAAGCAAUAUAUAGAUAGUCUAAAGAUAAAUACCUGCUUGUAAACAAUUCUAACAAGAUAGUUGAGAAGUAUCUUUAAGCAAAUAAAGUGUGAUUCUGAAGAUAUUGUAUUCAAGGAAAUAGUAUAAAGAGUUAGCGGGCACAAACAUAACCUCAACGAUUGUAAAUUAUCGUCAAAGCUUUAAAUAUGGAUAUAUCGCAGGUUUUAUUUAUAAAACAAGAAAAAGUUGAAGAUAGUGAGAGUUUGUUUGAUUUGGGAUUUGAUAUAAAAAUCAAAGUUGAAAAUGCUAGUCCGGAAGGAGCGGAGGAGAUGGAUUGGUGCGUAGACAACAGAGAUAUGUUCGACGGCUAUGUCAACGAGUACGACGAGUUGCUCGAAUGCAGUAAGCAAGAAUGUGCGCUUUGUCACGAAAAGUUCGACGAUUUAUACUCUCUCUACCAACAUAACAUCAGCCACAUCAGAGUGCCGCUCAGCUCAUGUUUACAUAAUUCAUACCAGUGUGAACCAUGCAAUGUGUAUUUUGAAACCAAAGAUAAGCUUGAUGCCCAUAAGGCCCUGUGUAACCAUCAAACUAAAAAAGAAUACCAGUGUUUUGAAUGUGGAAAAACCAUGUCAUACAAAAGCUGGCACUCACACAAACUUACAGUUCAUAAGUCAGACAAAGCGACUUGUGCAAUAUGCAAAAAGAAGUUUAAAUGUCACCAGUACCUUCGAAGACACAUGAAGUACGUACACAACGGUGAUAGACCUUGUUGGAAGAUAAAUUCAGAUGUAAAAUGUCAGCUAUGUCCAACUAUAUUGAGGAACAAGCAUGCUUUGAAAACCCAUAUGAAUAAUUGUCACAGUGACUCUGAGUUUACGUGUGGUGUUUGUCAGGCUGUUUUUAAGAGCAAGCCGUAUUUGCGCACACAUAUAGCAAGAGUGCAUGAUGGUGAUGGAAAGAAGUAUAAAUGUGUGUGUGGGAAGAAUUUCAGUUCAUCUCGUAGGCUCCGGAGACACAAGCAGAGAUCUGGUUGUUAGAUUAAUGGAAUUGUGUUCCUAGAUUAUGUAUUGUUUAAUACUCUUUUAGCUCAUAUUUGAGUGCAUAAUAUUAGAAGUAUGAAACUGUUAAUUUGAAGUUAGGAAAAGACCAGUCAUGCAAAAUGGAGUCUGUUCUAGGACAGUAACCAUUUUAAAAUAUUGAUAUGUUCUUGUGAGAAUAUUAGAGGUUGAAAUGUUUAUUUAUAAUACUCCAAAAAUUAUGUCAUAAAUUAGAAGUAUACUUGUAAAGUAACUAGGAUAGUGUAGAAAAAGAUUUGUAUUAUGUUAUGACCUGUUCUCUAGUGCAGUAUCAUAUAUAGUUCAUAAUAUGCUUAAGAUAAAGUGGUCAUUUGGUAUACAGGGUCAUUUUGACAUCACAUUACUAAAUUAAACCACAUACUCUGCAUUGUGCUAUUAUUUAUGAAUAACGAAUAUUUUUGCCUAAUAUUCCGAUUUUUGUUUCCUGUUCGUUUAUUUGUAGUUUAGUGUGAAUAUGGUGUAUUUCUCACUGAAAGUAAAUGUUGCCGAACAAAAAAAAUCUGUUUAUAUUGUAUUGUGGCCUUAGGCUCUGUAAAAUUAAAUCUUUUUAUUUUACUUCUAUCGUUACAAUAACCGAUGCUAAAGUGUUGUUUUCCAGAUUAAUGUGUGGUUUACUUUGUAAUGCAAUUUUAAAAUGAUUCUGUAUAACUAAUUUACUGUCAGGGAUAGUAUACUGCAUACUCAAUACUAUGUAAGUGUUGAAAAUAUCUAAAUUGAGUUUGUAGAAUGCACAACAAAGUUUUUAAAAUAGACACACGGUAUUUAGCAUGACGGUGACAUUUUUUUUCUAUGAGCGCGGCAAAGUGGUUCCACUGAUGGUAAAUGAUGUGGGGUUCGAUAAAAUGGCGACUGACGAGAGAUGAUUACCCUUUGGCAGUCGACACAAUUAUGCCGGCCUGCUGGAACCAGAUAUGCCCCGGAUACAUGAUAUAAUUUAUGGAAUUUUUGAUUGUACAGAGUGAAGUGCACUUAUUAAUGUGAUAGUUGAAGUCUGAUUAAUGUUUAACAUUUUCACUAGUUUAUUAUUGGUUAAGUUUUGUAUGUAGUAAAGCCACAAAAGUAUUUGAAUUAACUCAAAACUUCAAAACGCUUCUACAUUCUUCUACAUUAACAAUAUUAGAAUUUUUAUUUUUAGUCUAAAGUAUUUGAACUUCUUUGAAGUAUAUUUUAGUGAAGAAAAAGUGUCUCUUUAUACAAAAGUUUACAGGCGAUUUGAAAUUUUGAAUUUUUUCAGCUAUUUUUGUGGCAGACUGUACAUCACAUUGUAGUAUUUAACUUAGUCAUUGAGCAAUAUUGCUGUGAUGGAAAAAACAGAAUUUAUUAUUAUGUAAGGGAGCAAUGUAUUAGUGGUAUAUAAAAAAAUAUUUUUAAAAGCUCAAGAAUUGGAGCGUGUAAUGCCUUUAGCAUAAACUUUCAAGGGUUUUCAAAAUUAUUAAUUUAAUUAAAAAAUAGAUAUUCUCUUGGUGGUAAGUUUUCACCUGUGAGUUUAUGGGAAUGAUCUUUUAUCUAUUUCUAUGAAGCCGAGGUGCUAGUCCCAUUGUAUAUUAAAUUUAAGGGCAAAGUCAUAAGUGUAAUUACUCAAAUUUUGAGAUUUGCAUUUAACAUCUAAUGAUUAUUAAGAGCAUGGCUCCUUGUUUUACAGUUCAACAUCUUAUUUGUUGCUUUUACAUAUAUAGAGACUUUCCCGUUCUCACACCCACCGCUACAACUCCUGUAAGCCAGGAUCAGCAGUGGUACGCAUUUUACGACACUGAGCGGUGAAGCUCGCCGAGUCUGAGGGAACACUAAUUUGUCUUUAUCCUGCAACGAAAUUAAUCAAAUAGAAAGAUAGGGAGGAGUUGGAAAUACUAAUUGUCCACUUCCCUCCAUAGCAAAGCAGGAGACAAAAUAACAACUAAGGAGUCAUUUUAUCUUCAAUUAUGGGAA